AUGAAUGAUGGCGACGAAGGCGACGCCAUCCCGGCCACACGCCCUCGGCGCGCCCGGGAUUCGGCGGGCGGCCACGCCGACGACAUGGAGUCGUCUGGUCCCCACGGCGGGGUUGCGUUCCACGUUCUACUUCGGAGGCGAGGAUUGACGACGAGGCGGGCGGCCGGAGGGGAACGAUCUGCAAGCGAGGCUGGUGGAGGUGGUGGUGGUGUCGGCGGCAGCGGUGUGAUCGGCGUAACGGAGGAGGUGAUCACGUUCGCGAGGAACAUCUCGAAGCAUCCAGAGACGUGGUUGGAUUUCCCGUUGCUUCCCGAAGAAGACGAUUUCGAAGAUUUUGACAUGUCUGAUGCCCAACAAGAGCAUGCAUUGGCUGUCGAGCGCCUUUUACCUAGAUUAGCAGCCUUAAGAAUUGAACUUUGCCCGAGCCACAUGAGUGAAGGUUGCUUUUGGAAAAUUUAUUUCGUGCUCCUACAUCCCAGACUCAAUAAGCAGGAUGCUGAACUUCUGUCAACUCCUCAGAUUGUAGAAGCCAGGGCCAUGCUACAGAGGCUACAGAAUCAGACAAAGUUGGAAAAGCAAGCGCCCACUAUCGAUCUCUCCUACAAGAAACCAGACCAACUUGCAACUCCAGAGGAUAAGCACUUUUCAGCUUCGAGAGAUACCUACGAAUCCUUAACACCCAAUACACAAGAAACCAAAGCUACUUUCCCUGAAAUGGAUCUGGAGACCGAAAAGCACCCAAUCCUUACAAUGGAGAAACAAGUAAUAGAUAAGUCCGUGAUUGAAGAAGAGCUAUUAAAGCCACAUCCCUCCAGAGAUAAGAUCCAGCCGUCGGAAGUAUCUAUUGAAAAGUUUGACGAUGAAGAUGACGCCGACGACUGGUUGAAAGAGGAGGACGAGGAGGAGACGGGCGUUCCUGUGAACACCUCGCUUCCAAUAGGAAAUGAGGAGGAUGUAUCCUUUAGUGAUCUCGAGGAAGACGACGAUGAUCAUACAAAAUGAUGUCCACGCAAAUGGACAAGCAAUUCGAAACAGAUGUCGGCCCGACCCAAGUUGGAGCUCUCUCAGUUUCACAUAAAUGUCGGUUUACUGUUCAUAUAAGCAAAACCAACCAGUUAUGAAGCGAUCGGGCUUUCGUGUCGCUGCUGUAUUUUACAUCUGUUCGUUUCUGUCUCCGCCUCAUGUUCUUUCAUUCGUUCGCAUUCUCUGUAGAUAAACGCCGUGCACAAUUCUUUAUGUUCCCUGAAGUUGCCUAUUGAUCUGUUUAGUUAUAUCUCAGAAUGGAUUGCUCGUGUUUGUUCAUAUGAAUUGCUUAUAUUUUGCUCCGCAGAGUGAUAUAAGAGCUACGAAAAUAUUAGCUCAUGUAGGUUGAAAUGGA